UCUUCUCUUAGGGCAACAGAGUCAUUUUUACUUACCUUCGUACGCCUAAACAUGCAGAAUCUGAUCUGAGUUAGUCUAUCGUUUUAACCGUGAUGAAAGGUGUCGUUAGAUCAGCUCCGUGUACCGCGGUCAGGCUCGGAGUUCAGGGUCGGUGGGAUGAGACGUUGCGCUCCAUACGGCGCGCCGAGCACUUGGUGCUCCAGUCCCAUGUGCACACGCUGGAUUCCGCCACGCGCUUUCGGACACCACCGUUUUUAUCCAAGCUCCCGGAUUUAACGCUUUUGGCUCACAGUGUGAUCCUAAAUCACCGUGACGAUGGUAUUAAAACCAGACCUAAAUCCUCCGGCAUUAUGUUGCAUUCAUUGGGCAUGAGCGGCCCGUUCCCAUCACCUGCACUGCGCGAACAAAGUGCAGGCCUCAGCACAGCAGUGGCUGCUGAAUACACCCGUGCUGUACGGCAAGUGGAAGGGUGUUUACGAAGACAGGCAGGGAGGAUCACUGAGGAAGCCACUAGACUGGAUCAUCAGAAAGAGAAACUGGAGAAACUUUUGCGAAGUGUCAGGACGGCAUUGCGCAUCAACCAGAACACGACAGACGAGCGCGCACGAAGACCAGCCACUGAGACAGAAAAAGAUGGAGCUGAUCAUCUGCUCUGCCAUGAGAAAAAAUGCCUAAGUGAGCAGAAGCAGAAACUGGAGAUUCUGCUGAGAGAUACUUUAAAUCAGCUGCAGUCUUUAGCUCAGAGCAGCAGAAGGCUACUGGACUGUGCCUUGGAAAGGUCCAGGGUAACUGAGCUGCUUCCUCAACAUGGAUCACCAUCAGCAGCUGGGAAUCUCUCAUUUUCUCCUCUCUCUCUGAAACCUGACCCCUCUGGUCCAUUUACACCAGAGUGUAAAGAGGCAAUGGAUUCAUCCGCAACUGUGCUGCAGAUGUCUCAGCAGCUCAACAAGAGCAUUGAACAGGUCAUGUGCGACGCCAUCAUUAAACAGACAACUUUACAUCGCACAGUCAAUGAGGGCCUUUUAAAGAAAAUCGCAGAAACCCAGAAUCUACAGCAACGUCUAAUGCUGAGCUCAGCAGCCACUAGACAGGCCAUCUACCGUAAACAGAGACAGAUGCAGUGUGCCAGCUACAGCCAUGGCAGAGCUUUGGGUCCAGUUUCCUCUGAUGAUUUCUUCUGCAGAGAGAGAAACAAUAGGCCUGUUGUGCAGGUGUAUGAUAGACACCCAAAUUUUGUGUUGCCUGAGUCCAGACUUCUGACACAGGGAAGUGUUGCACUGAAACAACAUUUGGAUUGUGGAGAGAAAGCCAUAGAAGAGCUGCAGGUUGCACAUUUGCAGCUGGAGGAUGACUCGUGUGCAAAACAAGUGGCAGCGAGUGUGGACUCCGCUAUAAUCCGGCUUCGAAGAAGAAGUAUUCCUCGCAUGUUUGUCCAGUCAGCAAGCACAUAAAAUUAUAAUCUAUGGCAGCACUAUCAAACUCAUAUGUACAUCUUUGAGGCCAGUAUUAAACAGUGCUGAGCAUGUGAGUAUAUUAUGAAUGUAUUGAAAUUAGUUUUAAACAGAUUAGAACAGAUUAACUUACUCAAAUUUACCUCUUUAUCAGUAAUAAUGUUACUAAUUGCAUUGAUGAUGAUUGACAGACAUCUUUAUACAGAGUGACUUACAUUUAUAAGACUUAGGGUUAAGGGCCUUGCUCAGGUGCCUAGGAGUGGAAGCUUGGUGGACCUGGGAUUUGAACUCACAACCUCCCAAUCAGUAGGCUAACUCCUUAACCACUCAGCUACCACUAUACUUAUCAUGGAUACUGUCAGUGAUUUUACUGUGUUUCUUGUCAUUACCGAUCUGAUUAGUGUCUGUGUGAAGUUCCAGUGUAUGUUGCCUACAAGGGUUUCCUUCCACCUCCUAAAAACACGCCAGUAGGUGGAAUGGCUACGAUAAAUUUGCUGUGCAUUCAGAUUAAUCACUAUUAACCUCUAUUAACCAUUGCAUUUAAUACUUAGUUAUUUUAAAAAGUCACACCUACAUUUUGAAUGAAUUAAGGCUUACCUUGCUAGGUAGAAAAUA